UCUCUCUCUCUCUCUCUCUCUCUCUCUCUCUCUCUCUCUCUUUUCCUCCUCCGUUUGAAGCUUACACGAUGACGUCACCGCGGGUCAGUGUGUACUUCCCCCUGAAGUUACUAUGGCGGUUCUGAAGUUUUCAAACUUUUCUUGAUCUCUGUAAGUGUUUGUUCCAAUGGAGCAUCUCCAGGGAGCGUGGAAGACCAUCAGUAACGGUUUGGGGAUGAAGGAGCCGGCACUGGAGAGCCCGUGCGUCUCUCCCACCGCUACGCAGGACUUCCCGUACCAACGCCGCGCCUCUGACGAUUCCAAAAUCCCCGACUCCAAGACCAGCAGCACCAUCCGGGUGUACCUGCCUAACCAGCAGCGCACUGUGGUAAACGUAAGACCCGGGAUGACCCUCUACAGCUGUCUAAUUAAAGCGUUGAAGGUUCGAGGACUUCAGCCCGAGUGCUGCGCCGUCUACAGACUUCACCCAGGACACCACAGUAAAAAGUCUCGUAUGGACUGGAGCACGGACUCGACCUCGCUCAUUGGAGAGGAGCUCCUGGUGGAGGUUCUAGAUCAUGUUCCUCUGACGACACACAACUUUGUGAGGAAGACGUUCCUAAAGUUGGCCUACUGCGACAUGUGCCAGAAGUUCCUCCUGAACGGAUUUCGCUGUCAGACGUGUGGAUAUAAAUUCCAUGAGCACUGCAGCACCAAAGUUCCCACCAUGUGUGUGGACUGGAGCAACAUCAGGCAACUGCUAUUAUUUCUGACUCCUGGAGAAAGCGGAGCUCCGUCUCGGCCUCCGAUCACAUCGAGGAGGAUGAGGGAGUCCAUGAACCGACUCCCCAGCAGCUCGGCUCAUAGACACUCGACUCCUCAAGCGUUUAACGACAGCACGGUGUGUCCUCCUGCAGGGGGCGCUCUCUCUCAGAGACAGCGCUCUACCUCCACACCCAACGUACACAUGGUCAGCACCACCCUGCCCAUGGACAGCAGCCUGUUCGAGAUAGAUUGCCUGAACACUUCUCCUAGCUCCUGGUGCCGGAGAUUUUGUCUGAAGAGAAGAGACGCAAUACGUCACGGGCACCCUCUUGGAUCAGCAGGAAGUUCCCCUAACCAGAGUCCGACUGGCUGGAACCAGUCCAAAACUCCGCCCCCUGCUCAGAAAGAGAGGGCGUCGUCCUUCAGCUCUCAGGAGAAAAACAAAAUCCGUCCGAGAGAUAAGAGAGACUCGAGUUAUUACUGGGAGAUCGAAGCCUCUGAGGUGGUGCUGCACUCCAGAAUCGGCUCGGGAUCCUUCGGAACCGUAUACAAAGGGAAAUGGCACGGUGACGUCGCCGUCAAGAUCUUAAAAGUCAUCGACCCCACCCCGGAGCAGUUCCAGGCCUUUCGUAACGAAGUGGCGGUUCUGCGGAAAACUCGGCACGUGAACAUCCUGCUGUUCAUGGGCUACAUGACGAAAGAUAACCUGGCCAUCGUCACGCAGUGGUGCGAAGGCAGCAGUCUGUACAAACACCUCCACGUGCUGGAGACCAAAUAUCAGAUGGUCCAGCUGAUCGACAUUGCGAGGCAGACGGCUCAGGGCAUGGACUACUUGCAUGCUAAGAACAUCAUCCACCGAGACAUGAAGUCCAACAAUAUUUUUCUGCAUGAGGGUCUGACGGUGAAGAUCGGGGAUUUCGGUUUGGCCACGGUGAAGGCCAGGUGGAGCGGCUCUCAUCAGGUCGAACAUCCGUCAGGAUCCAUCUUAUGGAUGGCUCCUGAGGUGAUCCGAAUGCAGGACAACAAUCCUUACAGUUUCCAGUCCGACGUUUAUUCCUACGGCAUUGUUCUGUACGAGCUGAUGACCGGAGAGCUUCCGUACUCACACAUUGCUAACAGAGAUCAGAUUAUCUUCAUGGUUGGUCGAGGUUAUCUGUCUCCGGAUCUCACUAAACUGUAUAAGAGCUGUCCCAAAGCCAUGAAGCGUCUGGUCGCUGACUGCAUUAAGAAAUCCAAAGAGGAGAGACCGCUGUUCCCUCAGAUCCUGUCCUCCAUCGAGCUCCUGCAGCACGCUUUACCCAAAAUCAACCGCAGCGCCUCGGAGCCGUCACUGCACAGAGCCACUCACACCCAGGACAUCAACUCCUGCACUUUCACCUCCAUCAAGAUGCCUGUCUUCUGAUCACUUCUGACCAUCUGGAGCUGAUGGAACCCUCACUGUUUCUUCAGACUUUACCCAACGUCCAUGUCACAAUCUAUCUGUCUCUCACUCUCUAUCUAUCUAUCUAUCUAUCUAUCUAUCUAUCUAUCUAUCUAUCUAUCUAUCUAUCUAUCUAUCUAUCUAUCUAUCUAUCUAUCUAUCUAUCUAUCUAUCUAUCUAUCUAUCUCAGAUGAAGGUGAAGAGGGAAUGGACUUCUUGGAGCGUUAGAGACAAUAUCAUGAUAUUAGAAGGUGAAAGUCGUCUUUAUGCACAGAAACAAAUCAGAUCUGUUGGAAGUGACGUGUUGCAGGUCUGAGCAUGAGAUACUUUCAUUUUCAUGGUAUAUUUAGUGUGCUGAAACGAGCAGCUGCUCAUCUCUCCUCUCAUCUCUCAUCUCAUCUCUCCUCUCAUCUCUCCAUUCAUCUCUCCUCUCAUCUCUCCAUUCAUCUCUCCUCUCAUCUCAUCUCUCCUCUGAUCUCUCCUCUCAUCUCUCUGUUC